AUGCCUAACCCUACGGUUUUCUUCGACAUCACCAUUGGUGGUUCACCAGUUGGCCGUGUGACCUUCGAGCUAGCCGCGGAUGUUGUCCCUAUCACAGCUGAGAACUUUCGCUGCCUCUGUACUGGCGAGAAGGGAGUCGGCAAGUCCGGGAAGCCUCUUCACUUCAAAGGCAGCAGCUUCCAUCGUAUCAUUCCGAAGUUCAUGUGUCAAGGAGGCGACUUCACCAACGGUAACGGGACUGGCGGUGAGUCCAUCUAUGGUGUAAAGUUCAAGGACGAGAACUUCCAGUUGAAGCACACCGGUCCUGGUAUCUUGUCUAUGGCCAACUCUGGACCUAAUACCAACGGCAGCCAGUUCUUUAUCUGCACUGAAAAGACAUCCUGGCUCGACGGUAAACACGUGGUUUUUGGGAAGGUUACCGAUGGUAUGGACGUAGUGAGAAAAAUGGAAAGUGUUGGAUCUUCCAGUGGAGCGACUGCUAAGAUAGUUGUGAUUGCGGAUUGUGGACAGCUUUCAUGA